AUGGCACAACCCCAAGAAGCCAUUAAGAUGUUCAGGGCCAUGCCCCAGAAAGAUUUGAUCACUUAUAACACAGCCAUUGCCGGCUUUGCUCAGAACCAGAUGGAGCGAGAGGCCAUACAGGUUUUACUCCAAAUGCAAGCCUCUGAAAUGCCCAGUUUUGAUAGUGUGAGUUUUACGAGCUCUCUUAGUGCUUGUGCGAGCCUAUCAGAGCUAAGUCUUGGGCGCCAGAUCCAUGCUCUCUCAGUAAUUCAUGGCCAUGGCCAAGAAAUCUUUGUCCAAAAUGCUUUGGUUUCCAUGUAUGCUAGGUGUAACUCAAUAACAGAAGCCAAGGAAGUGUUUAAUGGGAUUGUCUUCAAGGACCUGGUCUCUUGGAACUCCAUGAUCUCUGGUUACCACACACAGGGGGAAGAUAAUUAUGGGAAUGAAGCCAUUGAGCUUUUUGCAUACAUGGUUCAUGGCCAUGGUCCAAAGCCUGACCACAUAACAUUUGCAAGUGUUCUCUCAGCUUGUGUGGGCAAACAGAAGAUCGAACUCGGGAGGCAAUGCCAUUGCCAAAUUCUUCGAACCAACAAAGAGAAGCACGUAUCUGUAUGCAAUAAGUUGAUAUCACUAUACUCCAAGAGUGAAGCGACUCUAGGCUACGUAGAGAGGGUUUUUGAUUUCAUGGUCCACCGAAACAUAGUCUCAUGGACAUCCAUGAUCUCUCUGUACAAACACCGGGCCUUGGGCCUAUUCAAUGAGAUGAGACUACAAGGUGUUAGCCCAAACCAGGUCACAUUUGUGGCCCUCAUCCACUCAAUCUCAGACCAAGGUAUGGAGGAAUUGGGUCCACAGGCCCAUGGACUCACUGUGCGAACUGGGCUCGACCAAGAUAUCAAUGUGGCCAACAGCCUCAUAACCAUGUAUGCCAAAUUCCAGAACAUGGAUUCAUCCCAAAAAGUCUUCGAUGGCAUGAUAGAUGCUCAAGAGAUCGUUCCUUAUAAUGCCAUUAUGGCUGGUUAUGCACAAAAUGAACUAUACAAGGAAGCAAUAGAAGUUUAUUUUCUCUUAGCAAGCUGUGAUAAUGUAGUUGAAUUGAGGCCAAAUGAAUUCACAUUUGGAAGCGUCAUAAGCUCUUGCACAGGGUUGUUAUCUUUAGGUCUAGGUCGCAGACUCCAUUGCCAAGUGGCCAAGCUAGGGUUUAGCUCAUGUGUUUUUGUAGGAAGUGCUUUGAUCGACAUGUACGCCAAGUGUGGCUCGAUUGAGGAUUCAGAAAGAGUCUUCAGUGAGAUGGAUGGGAGGAGCUUGGUUACAUGGACAGUGAUGAUAUCAGGCUAUGCACAACAUGGUGAAUGCCACAAAGCCCUGUCAUUGCUUGAGGAGAUGAGAAUUGCGACGGUAAGCCCUGACCCGGUAACCUUCUUAGCUGUGCUCUCGGCUUGUGGGCGAGUGGGUAUGGUGGAUCAAGGGCUUCAAUGCUUUGAAAGCAUGGCUCUAGAGCAUGGAAUUGAGCCUCACACGAUGCACCACUCGUGCGUGGUUGACAUGUUAGGAAGGGCAGGUAGGCUUAGAGAAGCUGAGGAAGUGGUUAAGAGGCAACCGAGCAUUAGAGGUUGGCAAAGUUUAUUGGGAGCAUGUCGAAAUCAUGGAGAGGUUGAGAUGGGAAAAAGGGCAGCCGAGGCAUUGAUGGCCAUGGAGCCUAAGGAUUCUGCAACUUAUGUGUUGUUAUCAAACAUGUAUGCGGCUGAAGGAAAUUGGGAGGAGGUAGCUAAGGUUAGGAGGAGGAUGAGAGAUGGCAGAGUGAGGAAAGAGGUUGCGUGUAGUUGGGUUGAUGCAGGGGAGAAGAUGCAUGGCUUCACUACUGAUGAUAUGUCACAUCCUGAAGCUAGAGAGAUAUGCAAUGUAGUGGUGGCCUUGGGUCAAGAAAUGAGGCAUUUAGAGGAUGAAUGUGAGUCUUUUUCUCUGUCUUCAUAA